AUGUUGGGACAGAAGAACUCGCUGAAGGUACGGCAGCCAUCGUGGGCGCCGCCUGAACAACUACACGUGAUGAUGUCGUCACCUCUGUGCUUCUCAAAUUUUGAUGGGGAAAAGCGUUUGAAGGAGAAGACGCUGCGUUUCAAGAUGUUGCCAUCACCCGUACCAUACGAAUUGUUUUUUGCGGAAACGCUUUCAAACCCAUCAGUAGAACGAAUGCAUCAGUACAGGUCAACGAUGCUGCGCUGGUACAAGCGCAUCCUGCCGGCGCAGGAAAACACACGCGCCCGCGUUCGUCAACGGUGCCCCUCACCGCCCAAACGCCUUAUUCAGGAAGCCGCGAUCUUAGAUGCUGCGGAGCUGCAAUCGUGGUCGGAACAAUGUUGCCGGUGGUGGGAUGAGACUUCACGAAAGCGAACGCGUCGUGGACACCGGGGUGGAAAAGCGGUGGUAAAUAUGGGGAACGCCCAGAUGAGCGCUGCCAAGCAGCAGAGAGAAAUUGAGAAUACCAAUCUUGCCGGGGAUGACAAGAGGCAUUUCACAGCGGGGCAUUCAAACUUUUUACCUUCAGCGGCGGAUGCCUCACUGCGUGCACAACUUGAUGAAGAAAAUGACCAAGCAUGGAUGAAUUGGGUUAAAGAUAAUUUGGAGGAAACGUUCCUAAAAGAAGAGUAG